UCUGAGCAAGCAGAACACAGUAACAACCUGCAGGUAUUUUAAACAUUGCAAAUUCUUGUGUCUUUCAGGACCUAGAUUUCUCAUCACAUCCACGGGAGCCUUGUAUAUUUUAGACGUACAGAAUGAAGACGGACUGUACAACUACCGAUGUAUCACAAGGCACAGAUACACUGGAGAAACACGACAAAGCAACAGCGCAAGACUUUUUGUAUCAGAUCCAGCGAAUUCAGCUCCAUCUAUCCUAGAUGGGUUUGACCACCGUAAAGCCAUGGCAGGACAGCGAGUGGAGCUGCCUUGCAAAGCAUCAGGGCACCCCGCACCAAAGUAUCGUUGGCUGAAGGACAACGUUCCCUGGGAGCCCGACAGCAGGUUUCGGCAGACAGUUACAGGUCUGCUGAUCGAGAACACGCGCCCGUCGGACUCAGGCAACUAUGUCUGCGAGGUGUGGAACAACUAUGGGACUGCUGAGAUGAUGGGGCGACUGUAUGUGAAACAACCACUAAAAGCCACGAUUAGCCCACGGAAAGUAAAAAGCAGUGUUGGUAGUCAAGUGUCCUUGUCCUGCAGUGUGACGGGAACUGAGGACCAGGAGUUGUCCUGGUAUCGUAACGGUGAAAUUAUCAACCCUGGUAACAAUGUCCGGAUCACUGGUGUCAACCGGGAGAACCUUAUUAUGGAUGGCAUGGCCAAGAGUGAUGGUGGAGCUUACCAGUGCUUUGUGCGCAAGGACAAGAUGUCUGCUCAAGAUUAUGUUCAGGUGGUACUAGAAGAUGGAACUCCCAAAAUAAUUUCUGCCUUCAGUGAGAAAGUGGUGAGUCCAGGAGAGCCAGUCUCCCUUAUGUGCAACGUGAAGGGGACUCCUCUGCCUACAAUCACUUGGACACUGGACGAAGAUCCCAUCAUGAAGGAUGGCAGUCAUCGUAUCAGCCAGAUUAUCACCUCCGAAGGCAACGUGGUCAGUUACCUGAAUAUCUCUAACACUCAGGUCCGAGAUGGUGGAGUUUAUCGCUGUACUGCCAACAACUCUGCUGGAGUCGUCCCGUACCAGGCUCGAAUAAACGUAAGAGGGCCAGCAAGCAUUCGCCCAAUGAAAAACAUCACAGCAAUAGCUGGUCGGGACACCUACAUCCACUGCCGUGUGAUUGGCUACCCAUAUUACUCCAUCAAGUGGUACAAGAACUCUAACCUGCUACCAUUUAACCAUCGCCAAGUAGCUUUUGAGAACAACGGGACACUGAAGCUUUCAGAUGUGCAGAAGGAAGUAGAUGAGGGUGAAUACACAUGCAAUGUUCUCGUUCAACCUCAGCUGUCCACCAGCCAGAGUGUGCAUGUGACAGUAAAAGUUCCACCUUUUAUUCAGCCUUUUGAGUUCCCGCGUUUCUCCAUCGGGCAGCGGGUCUUCAUUCCCUGCGUGGUGGUCUCUGGGGAUUUACCCAUCACAAUCACCUGGCAGAAGGACGGCAGGCCAAUCCCAGCCAGCCUCGGGGUGACGAUUGACAACAUUGACUUCACCAGCUCCUUAAGGAUUUCUAAUCUUUCACUGAUGCACAAUGGGAAUUAUACCUGUAUAGCUAGAAAUGAUGCAGCAGCUGUGGAGCACCAAAGCCAAUUAAUCGUGAGAGUGCCCCCUAGGUUUGUGGUUCAGCCCAGUGACCAGGAUGGCAUCUAUGGAAAAGCUGUAAUUCUCAACUGCUCUGCAGAGGGUUACCCUGUUCCUACCAUUGUCUGGAAGUACUCAAAAGGUGCCGGAGUUCCUCAGUUCCAGCCAAUUGCAUUGAACGGUCGUAUCCAGCUUCUCACAAAUGGCUCCUUGCUGAUUAAACAUGUGCUGGAAGAAGACAGUGGAUACUACCUCUGCAAGGUCAGCAAUGAUGUGGGAGCAGACGUCAGCAAGUCCAUGUACCUCACUGUUAAAA